GAUCAUUCUGUAAGAUAAACCAAAGCAGUUCGAAUACUAAAAAUACUAUAAAACGGGUGACUUUGGAAAUGUAUAAACAAAUACAAAACCUAUCAAUAAAUGAUUCUGAAGGAUCGCUUUUGAGUGCAUUAUUUCAUAGGUAGUGAUUGAAAAGGGUUGAAUCAAUUCGCACAUUUUCUAUAUUGAUUUUAAAAAGUUGGAGUAUGGUAUCGUUUCGUAUGAUCUUAAUUGUAAGCUUCGAUUUGAUUUGUUGACAGUUAAGAUAUCCUUUGUUGUUCGUAAAUUCCUUCGCAAUUCAUUGGACACCUGAACAUUAAAAAUACUAUCAACUGUCCUGCUAAAUUUAACCGGGAAUCACAUGACUUAAUUACGUCUGUUACCCCUCAUGGAGGAGCAUAGGCUGAUCACCAGCAUUCUCUAUCCAGCCCUGUCUUGGGCAGUCCUUCCCAGUUGCUAUUCAUCCUUUUGAUGUCUGUUUGCGAUUCGCGAUUCAUUGUGUUCUUUGGCCUUCCUCUUUUCCGUUUAUCUUGGUGAUUUCAUGUUAGCGCUUGCCUGGUGAUGCACUGUGAUGAUUUCCGUAAUGUAUGUCCUAUCCAAUUCCAUCGUCUUUUGAGUUCCAUAUGUUCUUCAAUGGUAGGAAUGUAGCUCUUGGUUUUCCAGUCCUCGCCUUUAGGUCUGCAUCAGAUCCUCCUUGUUCAUCGAUAACGCUGCUGUUCAAGUACGUGGGAGUUUCCGCCUGUUCUAGAGUUUUCCCAUCAAGUGUGAUUGAGUUGAUGUUCUCUGUGUUGUAUUUGUUGAUAUUGCUUUCUGUCUUGUGUAUGUUGAGGCUUACUGAUACAGAGACUGCUGCUACACUAGUUGUCUUCAUGUGAAUUUGUUGAUGUGUGUGUAUGGGAUAAGAGGCGUAGGUCAUCUUCGAAGUCCAAAUAGUCUAGUUGCAUGCAAGCUGCCAAUUGUAUUCUGUGCUUCCCUUUGAGAUGUCGAGGUCUUCAUAAUCCAGUCAACCACCAGAGGAAAGAGGAAGGAGUAGAGUAGACGGUCUUGUCUCACUCCACUCCUUACUUGGAAUGAACCUGUCAGCUGUCUUCCAUGCACGACUUCGCAAUGUAGUCCGUCGUAUGAGUUCCGGAUGAUGUUGACAAUUGUCUAAGGAACUCCAUAUUGUCGAAGAAGUUUCCCUUAUGUUAUCUUGUCCACACUGUCAAACCCCUUCUCAUGGUCAAUGAAGUUGAUUUAUAAUGACAAGUUCUAUUCAACUGAUUGUUCGACGAUGAACCGUGGUGUUGCGAUUUGAUUUCUGCACGACCGAUCCUUACGGAAUUCAGCCUGUUGAUCUCGAAGUUGGGCGUCUACUGAGUGAAUCAUACGAUUCAGCAACACUCUGCUGAAAACGUUUCCUGGUACUGAAAUUAAUGUGAUGCCUCUAUAGUUCCCACAUUUGCUCAGGUCUCCUUUCUUCGAUAGCUUGAUGAGGUAUCCUUCUUUCUAGUCUGUCUGUGAAACUUGUUCUUCCUCCCAAAUCUCCCUGAAAAGGACAUGGAGCGCGUUUGCAACUAUUUCUAUGUCUGACUUCAGUGCUUGAGGUGGUAUGUUGUCAGGUCCUACUGCUUUUCCACUUUUUAUUUUUCUGAUGGACAUCCUGAUUUCCUCGAUAGUUGGUGGAGUAACAUUUAAUGGAAGGUCUAUAGGUGUUUCUUCAAUUUCUGGUGAAUUCAAUGGAUCUGGUCUAUUCAACAGUUUCUCGAAGUAUUAUGCCCAUUUGUUCCUCUGUUCUUGGAUCUCGGUGAUUGUCUUGCCUUCUUUGCCUUUGAAUGGUCUCUCUGGUUUACUAUAUCUCUUUGCUGGUUUCUUCGUAGUACCACAUAGUUUUUUCAUAUUUCCUUCACUUGGAGCAUUUUUCGCUGUCGUUGCUAGUUCUUCCACUUAUUUCUGCUUAUCGGCCUUAAUGCUUUUUUUUUUCACUUGCUUGCGCCUUCCAUUGAUCUUCUGAUUUUUUUAGUGAUGCGAAUAUGAUCAAUUUAGCUCUUCGUGGUGUGAUCCAGUGAGACACAUGUAGCUUUGUGCAUGCGUUUGUGCGGUAAUGUUGUGCCGCCGAUAACCAUUUUUUUGAAUCUACAUAAAAUUGCAAAUCUGUCACCAUUCUCGUUCGUUUCUUCCAGUCAGUUCCUGUCGUUCCAUGAUAUCUUCAUAUCUGGUGUUGUCUAUUCCGACUUUGGUGUUUAGAUCUCUCAUCAGAAUGGUGAGGUCCUUUCUUGUACACUUCGCGAUGAUUGAUUGUAGCCUCUCAUAGAAAUGAUCUUUACUGUCGUCGUUGCUAUUAUUGGUUAGUGCAUAACAUUGGAUAACAUUCAUUGUGACUCACUACUUUUUUGUUUUGAAGGAUACUUUGAUGAUCAUGGACCCAUGAGAUUUCCAUUCUAUAAAUGUUUUACGUGCUUUUCUGGAUAGCAUCGGAAUAACUCCUGAGUGUGCGAAGCAUUUUCCUCUUCAUGACCAGAGUACAACAUCAUCUCUCUCGGAUAUAAUCUUUUCUGUUCAGCUUUGGUCCAAUGGGUUUCGUUGAUUCCGAGUUGUAUCUCCCUAUUUCCAUAGCUAUUUGGUUGGACAUCCCGGUUUCACACAUUGUCCAAACAUUCCAUGUACUUAUAUUAAUUGUUGCUCUAGUUGUUACAAUGGGCAUUCACCUCACGAAUUCUGAAGUAUCUCGGCUUCACUACGAGACUUCAUAAUUCUUCUGAAUGAUGAUCAUUCAACUUCUAGUGCAGAGUUCAGGUGGGUUAAAUUGUUUAUUAUGGUUAACCUUUUUUCAGCAAGGUUGUUUUCUACGAGAUGGGUUUACCAACCACAUAUUCAACCCUCUUCCUUUAGGUGGGCUUGGGACCGACAGUAACCCUAGAACACCUACAGGAGGAGUUGGUUUACAAAUUAGUAACUUGAAAUUUGAUAUUUCCACUCCGAUUCAGAACUACAUUUAAAUCCAUCUUCAAUUGAUAUUCUAGCGUAGGAGUUAAGGUAAUUUUUAGUUGUUUACUGACAUAAGUCCUAUUCACUAGCCAAUGAGAUGAACAAUAAAUAAUUACAAGGUCAGGUCAACAAAAUAACCAAUACAAUGAUGGACAAAGGUAUUAAUAUCAGAUCUAUUAUGAACGACCAAUCAUGUCCCAGGUUAUUCGCUGAAUCUUUUAAGAAACAUGUGGAAAAAGUCUUGAUAACUCACAUGCUUUUUUAACGUCUAUACUGGUAAUUACCAGUUCAGAAGGCAAUGGAAGAUUUAUAGAUCAAUAAUAGAACUUAGCGAAUAUAAUAUUCAUAAAAUAAAAUGAAACAGAAGAAAAAGUUCUCUUUUCGGAAGCUGAUUGGUAAAUUUGAAGAAUCAUCAAAAUCACAUGUAAAUGAAAUGUUAAAUAAAUCUCAUUCCGAUAUACAAAUUGAUUUAAAUAAUCAACAAAUAGAAAGUGAACUAGAAUUUGCACAUAAAUUAAUGAACUCACCAGAAGAAAUGGGUUUAAGUUUAGAGGGCAGAGAUAAUGAAAUUGAAUGUUAUGUACAAACAAUAUGUGAACCAUGUACAUUAAGUAAAAAUGCAAUAAAUUUUGAUCGUUUACUACGUCGUAUUGAUACAACUAAUGCACGUGUAACAACAUUGAUCAAUUUAUGCACUACAGCUAUUUUAGCCUCAGAUAAAACUGCUAUUAAUUUUCUAGUGAAUAGUUUAAAACGUAUGCGACGCAAACAAAAUUUAUUAAUUAAUGAAGCAGAUGAUACAAUGUUGACAUUUUUAAAAGAUCCUCUGAUUUUAUUACGUUCAAAGAAGAAAAAAGUUGGUAAAAAUGAAAGUGGUGUUAAAUUCAGUAUUCAUUAUCCUGAAGAUGACGACGAUGAAGAUGAUGAUAGUGAUGAUAUAGAAAACGAUAUUGAUGGUAAUGGUAAUGUACGAGAAGGCAAUAUUGAAGAUAAAUGUGAAAAUAGUAAAAAAAAUGAGGAGGCACAAAUUCGUUGGGAAAUGAGUAGUAAUCAACUAAGUACUGAUUAUUCCACAAGUGAUAGUGAUAAUGAUGGUCCAACGCCUGAAUUUGUUUUAAAUUUAUCUAAACAAAUACGUAAAACAGAAGGUACACGAUUAAAACAAAAUUUACGUUUAAUCAAUCGUAAAAAAUCAUCAAAUAUGGGAAGUAAAAAAGCAUCAUAUAAUGUCCCACCACCUUUGAAUCCACUUGGACAUAAUCGUAAUGAUUUAUUACGUUCACAUGCUACAGUAGCAAGUGGUCUUUGUCAACAAAGUCAUAAAAUAUCAUCAUCAUCUAUGCUAUCAACAAAUGGAUUACAUAAUACUGAUACAAAAUAUACACCAACAUUACCAUUUAAUUUAUUAAGUUUAACUGGACAAUUAUCAUGGUUAAUUUCAGAAUAUAUUGAACGUGGUAGUUCAACAUAUAAAUGGGCUACAGAAUUAAUUAAUUCAAUUGGUAAAAUGUCUGUUACACGAUCUACAUGGUUAAAUGUACAUCAACAAUUAAGAGAAACAACAGAAUUAUUAUAUUCACAUCGUGAUCAACAAUUAAAAUUAUAUUAUUCAAUUAAUGAAACACCACAAGGUGAAAUUGCAUGGACUAAAUUACAAGCAAUACAUCAAAAUUUAUUAAAUGGUGAUUUAAAUGCUUCGACAAUUACACCAAAUAAUUUAAAAGUAUUAUGUCAAUCAUCAAAACAAUUAAACAAUCAUAAUAAUAAUGAAAGAAAAUUAGUACAACUAUCUUGUUUAUUAGAGAAAAAAUUACAUUUAGCUUAUUUAUGUGAUUUAUUAUUAUGGAAAGCGCAUAAAAUAAUCUUAACUCAAUUAAAUUAUACUGAUGAAGAUAUAGUGAAAUGUCAAUCGAUGGAUUUUCAAAUACGUUUAUUUGAAUUACAAUUAGAUCAAUUAAAUGGACAAAAUUGGUCAACAAAUUUAAUGAAUUAUAUGUUAUGUUGGUUAAAUGAUAUAUGUGAAUGGAAAAAUCAAUUUAAUUUAAAUUCAUCUGAUAUUGAUUAUUUUAUAUGGAAUGAAUUUUAUGUAUUUAAAAAUUCAAUUGAAAAUUUAUUCGAUUUAGUUCAAUCAUUAAAUGCUUGUAAAUUAAUAAGAUCAGCAUUAGAUGAACAAAAUAAUAAUCAUAUUAAUGAUAUGAAUCAAUCAAUUUAUAAUUAUCAUUUAAGUAAUAGUUUAAGUAAUAUAAAUUUAGAUGAUAAUCAAAGUAGAAUAUCAUCAUCAGAUGGAUCAUCAUCUAAAAUACAAUCACAUAAUCGUUUAUCACAUAAUAAUUAUCAUCCACAUCAAUCACAUCAUAGUCAAGGUGAUUUUCGUAUAUUAGAUGCUGAACGUUGUUCAAGAUCAUAUUCAGCAUUAGUUAGACAAAUACAAGAGAAUGCUAUGAAUAAUAGACCAUUAGCUUAUUUUGCUGAACGUGCUUUAUAUGAUAUUGCAGUAGAAUUAGGUUGUACAGUAAAUUGGGAUGAACGAUUUGAUAGUUUAAGUAAAGAAUUAAAAAAUGCAUGGCAAGAAUGGGAAUUAAUUAUACGUGAAAAAAUAGAUCGUGAUUUCUAG